CUCGGGCAUCUUCGACGCCUCGCAAUCUUUUAGAUCAACAGAGAGGCCAUGGCCGUACGCUUACAGGGCGCUCUGGAUAGCGAGAUACACACUGUGGUUCAAAAGUUCUUAUCAGACGGCAUACCACCAACAACUGGUGACCUCUAUAACGCGCUACAGAGAUCAAAUUCCUCACUCAAGCGACGACCAAAAAAGACUCUCCACGCCAGUAUCGAGCGCGUUCUCGAUUUUAUUGGCAUCGACCAAGGCGAGGAAGUUGACUCAGACGCGAUUAUUGAAGACGCAAUUCCGGAGAGCGACGGCCAAGCAGAUCUCAUGAACCGCAGUCUCCGACAGAACUUGGCACCAGCGCGCCCACCAAGCCCACCACAGACAACGGGAGAUGAAUCGCUGAGCAAGAGACGCAAAGCCAAUGGCGAAGCUCUGCCGAAGCGCCAAAAACGCGGCAAUGACGACUCGAAGCCACAGACGAAUAUUGAGCCGCCGUCCGACGUGAGUUUAGAGGAUAUCGGCGGCAUGAAAGAGGUCAUCGACCAGCUGAACAGGACAUUGAUGGCACCGAUGUGCUUUUAUGAAGAGUUCCGCGAAGCUCACAUUCCAUUGCCCAAAGGCAUUCUCCUUCAUGGCCCCCCGGGAUGCGGUAAAACAAUGCUUGUGCGGGCGGUCGCUGCUGAGAUGGGAGUCCCCUUUGUCGAGAUAUUGGGCCCUUCGAUCGUGUCUGGCAUGAGCGGCGAAUCAGAGAAGGGGAUUCGAGAUCGCUUCGAAGAGGCCAAGAAGAAUGCACCCUGCCUGAUCUUCAUCGACGAAAUUGAUGCCAUCACACCGAAGCGAGAUUCCAGUCAGAGCCAGAUGGAGAAGCGAAUAGUGGCACAAUUACUCGUGAGUAUCGACGAGCUGAAUCGCGAGGGAGAGAAACCUGUUGUAGUACUGGCUGCUACGAAUCGCCCGGACAGCAUUGACCCAGCGCUACGAAGAGGUGGACGAUUUGGAACAGAGAUCAAUAUCGGAGUUCCAAAUGAAGAAGUUCGCCAGCGCAUUCUCGAGACACAAACACGCAAGAUGCCAACCUCCAAUAUCGAUUUCCAGCAAUUGGCCAAACUCACGGCAGGCUUUGUUGGCGCCGAUUUACACGAUUUGGUCGGAAAGGCUGGGGCUCACCAGAUGGAGCGCCUGAUGGGCGCUUUGCAACAACAAGCCGCGGAAUUACAGUUGCCGCACACUCCUUCUAACCGCUCCGAAAUCGUCGAAUUCCGCCGCCUCGUUGCCCGGUCUCAGGCUCGAACGCUUCCCCGGCCACCGGGCUUCGAGACUAUCACUCUCACAAUGACCGACUUCCUCUCCGUUCUCCCAGGUAUCACGCCCUCAUCCAAGCGCGAAGGCUUCACUACAGUCCCUACCGUCUCCUGGAAAGACAUCGGCGCCCUACAGGCCGUCCGCAAGGAGCUCAUCCGCAACAUUGUCCACCCCAUUGCCAAGCCUCACCUCUACACAGCCCUCAACAUCUCCCCCUCCUCGGGAGUACUCCUCUGGGGCCCGCCCGGCUGCGGCAAAACCCUGCUCGCCAAAGCCGCUGCCGCCGAAUCCCACGCCAAUUUCAUCUCCAUCAAAGGCCCCGAACUCCUCAACAAAUUCGUCGGAGAAUCCGAAGCCGCCGUCCGACGAGUCUUCUCCCGCGCCCGCUCCUCCCUCCCCUGCGUCAUCUUCUUCGACGAACUCGACGCUCUCGUUCCAAAACGCGACACAGACUCCGGCAGCGAGGCUUCCGCUCGCGUGGUCAACACUCUGCUCACCGAGCUGGACGGUCUCGACACCAGAAUGGGAAUCUACAUCAUCGCAGCCACGAACCGUCCAGACAUGAUCGACGACGCAAUGCUUCGCCCCGGCCGCCUCGGCACCCAACUUUUCGUUGACUUACCCGGUCCCGAAGAGCGAGGAGACAUCCUUCGCGCGUUGUUAAAGGACAAACCGCUUUCUCCGACGUUCUUCACCGCGUCAGUUACCGACUCAUCCACCCCUGGCACCUCAGAAGCACUUUCACGCAACGGAGACACGGAUAUGACCACCUCCCUAGAUUUCACCGCCCUAGCCCACAGCUGCGAGGACUUUAGCGGCGCGGACUUAGGGGCUUUAGUCCAAGCCGCUGCACAAAACGUCAUCGAAAGGGAAGGAACGCAAUUGGAACUGAGGGAUUUCUUCGCAGUGAGAGGCAAAAUGAGGGGAAGUGUGAGGGAUGCGGAGCGUUAUAGGAAAUUGGCGAAGAAGUUUGGGCAGAGGUAGAAAGUGAGCAGUGGGAAGUGAGGUAUAUAUGUUCACUUUUGGUAGUCGUUCUGCGUUUUCUCCGUUUGAACGAGGAACGCGGAGGCAACGAGGGUGGGGAUGCGGAGAAAAUGUGCAGCAGAGAGAAAAUGGAGAGCGUGAGAUGGGGUUGUAGUUGGUGAAAAAGAAAAUAGAAAAUUAUUGCACGUCUGGAGAAAGUCAUUGCACAAUUGGGAGCAAGC